UGGAACACAACCCAGACCAAGCUGAUACGCGUAACAAAUGGUAUCAAAGAAUCUCAGCGUGCUGUAAACGCUUGGUUCGUUUUGGAUCGUAUAUAUUGAAAUUCGCCACUGCUUUUAAAUUCAGGUUAAAGCUAGAAUUAGAGGUUUUAUAUAUUGAAAAGCAGUGAAGAGAGACAUCAUGUUACCUAACCUGAUCCGUUCUGAGACAGAUCGGUGUAAAUAAGGACGUAUCAAAUAUUUAAUCCGCAUCAAUUUGAUAGGUGUACUAACCGAUUUAAUGGUGUAUAUAUAUAAAAGGCGUCAUAGAGAUUUCUCUUAAAUACUCAGUACAUAAUCUGCAGCAAGAGAAACCAUUGAUAAUUAAAUCUGAUAAAAAAAUUAUAAUGGCACAUCCUACAAGCGCUAGUUCCUCAAUAACAAGAUCUAUAAUUCCAAAGGUUUCAACUGUACAAAUAAUACCUAAAACGAUGUCGCUUCUAAUUAAACCCCAAACUCUUGCAUAUGCUUCUGUCAUAACUUCUACGAGAGGCUCGACACAAUAUUUAACCACAAGUGUACCUUUGGAUUCUUUACCAAAUAAAUCGGGUUCUUUCAGAAUUCAGCCUCAGGCUAUAACCUAUGAAAGUCCUUCCAUUACAGGCCCCAUAACAAAUUCUAUGCAACAUACGCCUACAAUUGUGCCUUCAUUGGAUUCUUCGAUUACAGAUUCAUCAGAUGAUGAAAAAAAGAAUACUUCUGUUAUUAACAAGGAUGGCCAUUUUAUUUGGAACCAUAAAACCAUAAUGUUGUUUUUCACAGAGUAUGAACAGCAUGAGAAAAAGUUGCAGAAAAAAAAAUAUCAAAGUAAAGAGGCUAUGUUUCAAGCAUUAGCAGAGUCAUUUCAAAAAAAAGGUUACGUGAAUGCUACCAAAAAUCAUAUGAAAAAUAAAUUUAAACUGUUGAAGAAAAAAUGGGACAAGUAUAUUCUACGGACUAUGAGAAAAAACAGUUCUGGAAGAGGCAUAAAACCUCUUUCAUAUGAAAAUGAAAUGAUAAGCAUAUUUGGAAAAAAUCUCAGUGGAGUGCCACCUUAUGUGACUGGCCGCAACGAAAUUGUUUCUCAGAAAGUGAUUUUGCAAAAAGUUGGUCAAACUUCGUCUGAGAAUGAAAAUGAAGAGCAAUCAUCUAUCAAAGUACACUCACCACUUUCGAUGCUAUCAGCGAUUAGCAGCAAAUCACAAUCAAUGGCGAAUAGCAACUGUUCAUCUUUAAUAAAUACGAAAGCAAAAAUACGAGAUGGCAAAUUGUCGUUUAUUCUGCAAUCAAUCAGGGAAUCUAUUUGUAAUAUGCAACAAGAAGAAAGUGAUGCCAAACAAGAAAUAUGCACAAAAAUGUUGGUAGAGCUUCAAAAAUGUAAUGAACGCUUGAACGUAAUGAAUGAAUUACAAAAAGAGCGAAAUAUCAUAUUGCAGAGGCAACUUCAGGUACUAGAGAGACUGGAAAAAAAAAUGUACCUAACACAAAAAGAAUUAUCAGAUGAAGAAUUACAAGACUGAAAAUAUUACUAUAUAGAUGUAAAGACAUAAACGUAAUUUAUGUACAUAGUUGUACAUACAUGAUAUAAGAAGAAAGAACAAGGUGUACCAUUGCGCAUAAUGACGAUAGCAAUACUGAAAACAAUUAAUCAAAUUUUGGCCUCUAUGCACUUUCCUGCAUAUAAUAACGCUGACAUAUUGAAAUAGCCAAUCAAAUUUUGGCCACAAUUCACUCUCCUACUGCGCAUUCU